UACGUACUACCUACCUCGCCAAGGGCGCGGGGGUUUCCACGCUUAGUCCCUCCCAUCGCCCGCGCCUCUCCUCCACAAGCCGUGCCGAAUCGUCUCUCCAAGCGGAAGAUACAAAUACCAACUAGUACUACCAAGCUUCCUUCAACUCCCUCUCGAUCGAAAAAAAAAAAAAACUCCCUCUCGCUCUCCGCCUCCGCACCGCACAGGAUGAGCGCCUCCGCCCCCGACGAGGUCGUGCACGCCGGCGGGUGCCACUGCCGGCGCGUGCGCUGGCGCGUCGAGGCCCCCGGGAGCGUCGUGGCGUGGGUCUGCAACUGCUCCGACUGCUCGAUGCGCGGGAACCCCCACUUCGUCGUCCCGGCCGCCAGGUUCAGGCUGCAGCCCGGCGCCGAGGAGUUCAUCGCCACCUACACCUUCGGCACGCACACGGCCAAGCACACCUUCUGCAAGGUCUGCGGCAUCACCUCCUUCUACACCCCGCGGUCCAACCCGGACGGUGUGGCCGUCACCGUGGCCUGCGUGGAUCCCGGCACGCUGAGGCACGUCGAGUACCGGAAGGCCGACGGGAGGAACUGGGAGGAGUGGUUCGAGCGCAGCCGCAUCGCCGGCUUCUCCAAGGGGAAGGCGGAGGCGGCGGGGAUGUAGAGAGUGGUCACUGUUCAGGUGUGCUGCACUGCCGCUCUGGCGGUCUGCCGAGUGAAUAAAUAAAUCCCGGCCUCUUUGGGGCUGAUGCUUGUGAUAUGUGUGGAGCGAAAACGGAUGAUUCGUUGAACUAAUUAAAACAGAUAUGAAAGGUGUCAGUCAUAUUGGGACCUGCUUUUA